UUAUUCUUUUUAUAUACCCUUCCUCUCUUCUCUCUCUACCAAUUCCAUUUUUAUUCUCUCUCUCUCUUGUUCUGAGAAAAUCUCAAACGGCUCUAUUGUCAUAUCUUUGGCUGGUUUGUUUCCGCUCUCCAUGGGAUUCUGUGCUCCCUGAUUUCCCUCUCAGAAAAAAAAUAAAAAGGCCCAUCAAUCAAACCAACAUAAAGGAGUUGAUGUUGAUAGUUCAGUUUCAGUCACUUUCACUUCCCUUGAUCCAUUCGUUUCUUUUCUUUUCUUAAUCCCCACAAUCACAUCCUCACUCCAAUCUGUGUUCUUUACUUUCCACUUUAAGCUGUUUUCAGAAAGAGCGAGAGAGAGAGAGAGUUUCUAAAUGGGUGGUAGUGACAGUUUAUUUGAUUUUCUUGAAGAAUCAGAAGAUAUCUUCAGCUUUCUUGAGAGUUUAGAGGGUGCUGUGGAAGAGUUUCCUCUAGUACUUUCACCAUUGGAGGAAAAUGGUUUGGGUUUAAAAGAAAAGAUUGAGACACCCACAAGGCUUGUUUCUCAGAAAUCAGCUUCUUCAAGUGCUUUUCAAGAGUCUGAGACAGAGAUUGAAAUUUGUUCACCGAAGAGAAAGAGACAGAAGCACACUGAGACACAGGGUUUUUCGGAGGAGUUAGCGAACCCAGAUGGGCAACAGAAGGUGUCUCAUAUAACGGUGGAGCGUAACCGGAGGAAGCAGAUGAACGAGAAUUUGUCGGUGUUGCGGUCACUCAUGCCUUCCUUCUAUGUCAAAAGAGGAGAUCAAGCGUCAAUAAUAGGAGGGGUUGUGGAUUAUAUCAAUGAGUUGCAACAAGUUCUACACUCACUUGAGACGAAGAAGCAAAGGAAAGUUUACAGUGAAAUGCUGAGCCCUAGGAUUGUCUCAAGUCCAAGACCGUCACCACUUAGCCCUAGGAAACCACCAUUGAGCCCUAGACUUACAAGCGUACCCAUAAGCCCUGGAACCCCACAACCAACUAGCCCUUACAAGCCUAGAUUGCACCAAGGUUACCUUUCUCCAACCAUACCCACUUCGCUCGAACCGUCUUCUUCUUGUUCUUCUUCGUCUUCCUCCAUUAAUGAUAGUGUUAACGAGCUCGUGGCUAACUCAAAAUCAGCUAUUGCUGAUGUGGAGGUGAAGUUCACUGGGGCCAAUCUUCUUCUCAAGACUGUGUCUCCUCGGAUUCCAGGACAUGCUUCAAAGAUAGUAUCCGCUCUCGAAGACCUCUCGCUUGAAAUUCUUCAUGUGAGCAUCAACACCAUUGAUGAAACCAUGGUUAACUCAUUCACCAUCAAGAUUGGAAUUGAAUGCCGACUUAGUGCCGAUGAACUUGCUCACCAGAUUCAGCAAACAUUCUGCUGCUGCUAAGUGGAAUCGAAGGUUGCAUCAGUCCAAAACCCUAACUCUCUCUCUCUCUCUCUCGACUGAAAUGUGAGGAUGCAUUUGCAACCAUUAAUCAGUUUCUUCAGAAGAUGUAACGUAGAUCAGUAAUGACUUCACUUGUACCUGAUAGCUAGUCUUGUAACCCUUCUAAUUCCAUCUAUAUAUCAACUUUAUUUUCACCUGGAAAA